GACAAGGCGGUGGUGUGUCUGCUGCAAGUGUCAAAGGACAGCGGCAGGCUCCGAACGGUGGUGAAUUCGCUUUCUCUAAUGUCUCUCACGCAGAAGACUUGGGAUAAUCACCGUAGCUCUUGCUCAUGAAAUAGAUUACUGUACUUCAGAAGGGCAACACCAAACCCGCAGAUCUAUGCUACGGAAAGAAUCCUCUCGAAAUCCAGGGGAGAAUUAUCGCAAAAUGCGUCCUGGAUUCUGUCUUCUCGUGGCAGAUACACAAACGGUAGCAACCGCUCUAGGUUAGCCAGGUCUUUACGGCAACCAGUGUAGCUUAAUGUUAGCAGUUGGAGUUCACAACGAAGGUGGAAAUAAACGAUGGAUUUCUACAGAUGGAUUACCAUACUGUGAAAAAAUACUUCUACCUAAAAUCGAGUGGUAACGUCCAAACAAGCCGACAACAAACUUUCAGGACUGCUUUUUGCAUUGGGACUGAAAUAAGUGCGGCAGGACCUCCGGUUUAAAACGUUUCUUGCUUUGCCUGAAUGACUUUUUUCCUUGCGAAUGCUGCUAUUCAAAAAUCAAACCGCAUUGCCCCAAUAGCCAUUUUGACUGCGUCGACUUCAGACUAGGAGGUUGUAGCAAUUCGUUGUGUGACUGAGGUCGGGCGCGUGCCAACAAUCGUUGUAAUAUGCCGCUUUCAAGGGUGCAACAUCCCGAGCAAGACGUUUAGCAGCCCCCAUAUUGAACGAUUGGUUUGUUACCACAGCUGUAACAGUAGCCUACGGGACGUCCGUAUGUCUGACAUUAAUAGCUCUAUAUCUGGCAAAGACUAUCAUCCCAUCGUAGCUCCAUGGAUAGGCCACAGUAUAUAAUCAGUUAAAAGAAACGGAUGGCCUUUGGACUUGGGGUUCGUCGGAAGAAAUGUGGAAUGCUGUUUUCAUUGAAACGAAGGAUUUCUAUUAGUCGGUAGCCAGUCUGAGAGGACAGAUUAUUGCUUUUAGUGCCGAGUGUGCGUUCUGGGUUGGAUGACACUGCAGUCUACAUAACGAUUUCUACAUUUAGAGAUAAUUAAAACGUAAACUAGUGGGUGCUUGACAAAACAGGGAAGGUGGAGCAUUGUCCGUCGAACGCGUUGACGCAGUGGGAUUUGUACGUCUGGUCGGCCUUCCCUCCCGCCCUCCCCGCGGUGACGGUGAUGGGUCGGAAGCGGUGUGUCGGUGCAGAUUGUUCCAAGAUGGCGGCCGGGUGCUGCGGGGUGAAGAAGCAGAAGUUGUCGGGAUCCCCUGGGUCUGGAGGUCCCGGCGGUACGGCUAGUGGGGUGGCUGGAAGCGGGCAUUGUGGAUCGGACUUGGGAAUUGGCUCAUCCUCUGCUGUUGCCGCAGGGAACGUGAACCGAGUAAACGGCCUAGGGGGGGCAGGGGGUAGUAGUAGUAGCAGCAACAGUAACACUUUGUCCCCUUCCCCGGUAAGCUACAACUCUACUGCCCUCUCUCCACACCUCAGUCCCGGCUCCAGUGGAUCUGGGAGCGGGGCAAGGAAGAUGGUCGUUUCAGCGGAGAUGUGCUGCUUCUGUUUCGACGUCCUGUAUUGUCAUCUCUACGGAUACCAACCUCCUCGGACACCUAGGUUUACAAACGACCCCUACCCACUGUUUGUCACUUGGAAAAUUGGCAGAGACAAAAGGUUGAGGGGUUGUAUAGGUACAUUUUCUGCCAUGAACCUGCACUCAGGACUCAGGGAGUACACCCUUACUAGUGCCCUUAAAGACAGCCGCUUUCCCCCCAUGACGAGGGAUGAGCUGCCUCGUCUGUUCUGCUCAGUAUCUCUGCUCACCAACUUCGAAGAUGUUGGUGAUUAUCUUGACUGGGAGGUUGGUGUGCACGGCAUUAGGAUAGAGUUUUUCAAUGAAAAAGGAUCAAAGCGCACGGCUACCUACCUUCCAGAGGUUGCAAAAGAACAAGGAUGGGACCACAUUCAAACCAUAGAUUCCUUACUUCGCAAGGGAGGAUAUAAAGCUCCCAUCACUAAUGAAUUCAGGAAGAGCAUCAAGUUGACCAGGUAUCGUAGUGAAAAGAUGACAAUGAGCUACGCUGAAUACAUCGCUCAUCGCCAGCACCACCACUACCAGAACGGCAUCGGGCACCCUCUCCCACCCUACAACCAUUAUUCCUGACAUCGAGCCGCAUGACCAGCCACUGGACCUCUCCGCUGACCUCUUCCCUCCCGCCGCCUCCGGAGAGCCCUCCACCGCCCCCACCUGGUCUAGCUAUCUUUACUACUGUACCAUUUUAUGAUGUUAGUUUCCGUUGCUGUGCUAACCACUUUUUUUUUCUUUUUUCUUCUUCUUUUUUUUUCUUUUUUUUUGAAAAAAGAAGAAAAAAUGGUUUUCAUGGCAACGGGUUUUGGCGAAAAUUUCUCUUAAUUUUUGAUUUGUUACUAUUAAAAGGAAGCAAAAAUGUA